UGAUGAAUUAUAAAUAAACGAAUGUGUCGUGACAAAACGUAAUGUGUCGUGACAAAAUGUGCACUGAUGGGAAAUGUCAGUAUUGCUACAUCUUCUACUUGCAGUUGGUUGUGACCAAGUUGUGACACGCAUACACACACACACACAAACACACAGACACACCUCACACACGCACACACACACACAGACACACACACACAGACACACACACACACAACAAUCGCCAGGGCGCCAGUGUAACUACAGGACAGGUAGGGCAGGUGACGAGGUGUCAGGUUUCAGUGUCGACUGGUGCCUCCAUCCGGAAAGCUUUUGAAAGAAGAAUCGUUUCCAUUGCACACACGUUGAAUCACAGACAAUCGGCAAACGGCCAUGGCACCCAAGUAUGACGGGCUGUCCCACUGUAAGCUGGCCCUGGUGUUUGCUGUGCUGAUGGACCUGUUGGGUGUGAUAUCCCUGCUGCUGGGGGUCUUUGCUCCGCUGGAGAUCCAAGGGCAAGACUUUGGGGAUCUGCUCGUGUACUCGGGAGCCCUGCUGGUGCUACUGUCCCUGGCAGGCUGGGUCAUGUGGUACAGUGGGAACAUUGAGGGUCUGACCUCCAAAAAGGAGUUGGGGGGAACUGUGGGUGGAGCUGUGGACCGCCUUGCCCGCUCCCUGAGCCGCAGGAUACGGCUGCCCAGGACUCACAGCAGCCCAACGUAAGAACGUUAAAUGGAAGGCUGCACCAAACCAGGCAGCGAGCCAAACUGCCUGAGGCAAAGGAGUGUCACUGCUGUUACUUGUCUCGUGGAGUUGACAAACACCUUGUUCAUCCGGAUUCACACACACACACACACACACUGUCAUAGUGAUUUGUUUUGUUUUCAUAUGGACAACUGGGAGAAUGAUCUGCUUAAUAAGCUGUAUGUGGACUAGUCUCACAUAAUAUAAUAUGGACUGCUAUAGAUUCCGGUUUGUAAAGAUUAAAAAGAUUAACCUACA